UCGGAAGGAGAGAUCGCAAAAGAAAUCAAAGAAAGAAAGAAAAAGGAGCCGCAACGUCUAUCGGAAGAGAGGAAGCAGAGAUGGACAUCGGAGAUGGAAAUCUGACCCCACAGGAGCGAGAACGCGUGAUAGAAAUCUUGAAGACAUGUGAUAAGGCAAUAGUUUUCAGCGACGCAGAGCGCGGUAGGGUUGACCCUCGAUACGCUAAGCCAGCAAGGAUUUACACGAUUCCACAUGUUCCUUGGAAUGACGCAGGAUGGAAAUACGCCCAGAAGGAGAAGAAAGAAGUUAUCGUUUUCCUGAAAGAAAAGAUGGUUUCCCAUGUUGCGGAGUCGUCUGAUACUGCCUACGCUAAUCGAUGGUUCUUCCUACGGAAACCGAAUGGCAAGAUCCGAUGGAUCCAGGACCUUCAGAAGGUGAACGAGGUGACGAUACGAGACGUGGGCUCCGUGCCACAUGCUGACUUACUGGCCGAAGGCAGGUCGAUUUAUUCGGUCUGUGAUAUGUUGUCAGGCUAUGAUGAAGUACCGCUUGAUCCAAGGGACAGGCACCUCACGGCUAUGCACACGCCACUAGGACUGAUACAGAUGAUGGUUGUCCCUAUGGGUUGGACUAAUGGGGUAGCCGUUUUUCAGAGAGUCAUGGUAGUCGUCCUCAAGGACUUCAUCCCUGAUAAGAUUGAACUUUUUCUGGAUGACUUUCCUAUAAAAGAGUCAGUAAACAAGGAUGAGACAGAGGUUGUACCAGGAGUUAGAAGAUCCGUCGAGCAGCACUUAACAGAUAUUUGCGCGGUACUUGAGCAGCUGGACGAUGCGAAUUUGACGGUCAGCGGAACAAAGAGCCGAUGGGCCGUCUCGACUAUUAAGAUUUUGGUCUUUACAUGUGACUCAAGAGGACGCCGAGCAGAUCCGGCGAAGCUAGACAAACUCUUGAACUGGUCGUCACCGUUACAUAGUCAAACCGAGGUCCGGCAGUUUCUGGGAGUGGUCGGUUACUGGCGUAUAUUCAUACGGGGGUAUGUGGAGAAGGCUGAGUCAUUAAGGUUACUCCUUCGAAAGACUGAGAAAUUCUACUGGGAUUCCUCGCAGGAACUCGCUAUGCAAGAACUUAAAGACGAAUUUAAGGAGGGAGGACGUGUAUUGGGCAUGCCAUUCUUUGAUAAUGAGGCUGGGAGACCCUUCAUAGUAUCCACGGAUGUUGGACCUUGUUCAGUAGGUGGAUUGUUGUCUCAGAAGGACGUUGGAGGGAAGGAAAGACCGUUAAGAUUUGAGAGUAGAACACUUAAUACGGCUGAGCGCAACUACAAUCAAUUCAAGAAGGAAGUGUUAGCUGUUUUGCGGUGUCUAGACACGUUCAGACACUAUAUCUAUGGGCGACGAUUCAUCUUGAGAGUGGACCCCACAGCAGUUGCCUCUGUCCUCCAGAAGGACUUUAGUCUGAUAGACCCGACCAUCGCACGAUGGUUAAUACGGAUUCGGCUAUAUGAUUACACAGUUGAGAGGAUAUCUGGCACUAAAAAUGUUGUGGGGGACGGGCUUUCUCAGAUCCCUCUUGAGGGCGAGCGUCCGAUAGUAGCUGGAACCCUGACAAUGGUUGAGCCGAGACGCGCCGAACGAUUUCUGGUUAACCUUUACGAGGGCAAAUACCGAACGAUUGGGCAACAUUUGUCAGGAGAGGAGAGUCAAGAUUCAGACAUCCGGAGACAAGCGGCCCAGUACUGUCUUAGAGCGGCCCAUCUGUUCCGGAGACCAUUCGGGUCAGGGAUGCCCCUACGAGUAGUUUGUGAUCCUGCGGAGAGGCCGACGAUAGUUGCAGAGCUUCAUGACGGGGUAGUCGGAGGACAUAGAGGAGUCAAAGGGAUCUACGAAAAGGUACGCAGGUUGUACUGGUUGGAAAGACAGUAUAAGGACAUCGAAAGAUACUGUAUAACUUGCGAGGAGUGUCAGAAGAGAGCUCUUGUGAAAUACAAAGAGCCACUUCAAUAUGAACUACGUCGUGAACAUACGAGACGAUUUCACUGGGUUCGUGGACGAUAGACUUAUCAGAAGCAAGGCAGCAAAGAAAGUGAAGAACUUCGUCCUGGAGUACUUGUCUAGGUAUGGUUGUGUAAGCAAGAUAG